AUGACUCCUUUUCCUCAUUAUGUUGAGUAUGUUGCAGUUGAUGAUUCAGUACAAAACGCUCUGACCGUAAACAUUGAAUUUGUCUCAUAUGGAAAUAUCUCAAUGAGUGCGUCUCGUCUCACGAUGGAUCUUCUUUCGUCCAAUCAUAUUGUAACGUUAUCUGUCUGUAAGACUUUUGAGCUUUAUGGAAGAGAAUCAACAGCACGUGUUAUGGAGCAGGGAAAAUACGAUGAAAAAUUACAUACACCUGAACAGGGCCAUGUGACAUGGGACAGUGGAAAUGUGCAUUAUUUUCACGAUGUAAAGCACGAUGGGCCAUCAACGUGUCAAUACGUUUUUGUAUUGGAUGCUCUUAAUUUUUGCUUCUGGCCAACGGAAAAGAUGGACUAUGAACAUUUGGCAAGCGGAUUAAAAAUGGCUCUAGUACAUGAUUCACAUGCAUUUGAUGCUGAGAAAUUAGCAAUUGUCACCAAUGACACAAUGAAGUCGUGGUUUCAACCGUUUACACCGCCACAAGUUGAUGAACGUCGACAAAAAGUUCAAGAAAUGGGAAAAGUAUUGAUACGGUUUUUUCACGGACGAGCAUUGAAUUUGAUCAAGCAAGCAGAUUUCUCAGCAAUUGAAGCAGUUCGACUGGUGUUGGCCUAUUUUCCACGCUUUCGGGACCAUGCUGUAUAG